AUGAGUGAACUCUGUCCUGUAUAUGCUCCAUUCUUUGGUGCAAUUGGUUGUGCUUCUGCCAUUAUUUUCACUUCUUUAGGUGCAGCUUAUGGUACCGCUAAAUCUGGUGUCGGUAUUUGCGCGACGUGUGUAUUGAGACCAGAUUUGCUAUUUAAAAAUAUUGUUCCUGUCAUUAUGGCUGGUAUCAUUGCAAUUUACGGGUUAGUCGUUUCCGUUUUAGUAUGUUAUUCGCUAACUCAAAGACAAGCAUUGUACACUGGGUUUGUUCAGUUGGGAGCCGGAUUGUCAGUUGGUUUAAGUGGAUUGGCUGCCGGUUUUGCCAUCGGAAUUGUUGGCGAUGCGGGUGUAAGGGGCACAGCCCAACAACCCAGGUUGUUUGUCGGUAUGAUUUUAAUUUUGAUUUUUGCAGAAGUUUUGGGUCUAUAUGGUCUAAUUGUUGCGUUGUUAUUAAACUCUAGAGCAACCCAAGAUGUAUCCUGUUAA